AUGUGGUUAAAUAGCUGGGCGCUCCCCAUUGGCUUGCUGCACGUAGUCACUGCGACUGCUGCAAGCGUGCCAAAAGUCCAGAGAGACUCGAAUACGAAUGUGUUUGUGCCUCGUGGUGUGAGCGUGGGAACGGAUCUAGUUGUGGAUACGGACAAUAUCACGGCUUUCACCUUGGACGCGAAACAUCCCCUAGCAACGUUGGACUAUGGAACUGAGCGAGCGGGGUAUCCUUUCUUUACGGUUCUAGAAGUUGCAGAACCCGUGCAGAUCGAGGUCAAGUACAGCGAGUCCUUUGUUGGUCUGGCGCACCCUUGGGCGGAUGGGCCGUAUGCGUUCUCGACAGGACUCUCCAACUCCUUUCGCGUCGAGACAUUCAACAUCACCGCGUCCGGUCGUUUCUCUGCGCCCCUCAUUCAAGGCGGGCAGCGCUGGCAAUCUAUCCGGCUGCUCUCUGAAGGCACCAUUUCGUUUUCCGAAGUUGGCCUGGAGGCCACUAUAGAUACAACAGAGGUUGCCGAUUUCCCUGGCCAAUUCGACUGCGAUGAUGAAGAGCUGAAUGAGAUCUGGACCCUGGGUGCAAAAGCAGCUUCUACCGCCUGCGUUGAAAAAGGCACACAAAAGGCAACCUGGGAGAUUGACCUUGAAAAUGGAGCAUACAUCAGAUCGCAAAGGGCUUCUCAAGCACUCUCGGGGGCUUUCUUUUCCAACUAUACAUUGGUCUUUGAAACCAUGAUUGAACGAAGCGGUGUCUGGUGGUCCGUUGCAUUCCCCUUUGGCCGGGGAGAAGGCCUCCAACUACAGCUCGUCAGCGAGCUCCCCGAAGGCUCGUCUUUUCUCAACACGAACACGACCCAGACGCCUCCAAACUCCAUCUUGCUGUCGUGGGGUUACGACUUUGUCAACCAAACAACUUUGACAUCUUACUAUCUAGACACAUUUACUGUACCAUUCGCAGUCAAAGAGGGCCUAUGGCACUCAGUUUCCACGGCACUCACACCAGAGGGUCGUAUGGUCGUGACUCUCGACAGUCAACUCGUCUUUAACAUUUCCAUAUCUGACUAUUAUACCCCUUCGACCGUAUCUUUUGAUGGCAGUUUCGGUUUUGGUGCGUGGCAAGAUCAAGCGGCAUAUGUACGCAACGUUGAGGUCACGGACUCAGUCAAUGGAAGUACACUCUACACGAAUCCAAUGACAACAUCGGAUGUACUUGCCGAACACGGAGUGCAAGCCAAUCUCGAAUCGGUCUGCCUUGAUGGACCAAAGCGGGACCGACUUGUCUGGCUUGGCGACUUCUACCACACCGCGAGGAUCAUUGGUGCCAGUACAUCUCGUUAUGAUCUAGCAAAGGGCACCUUGGACUUCUUGCUCAAGACCCAGAUCGCUGAUGGCGAGGUCAACAUCGCACCUCCCAUGGGCUAUGAUCCGACCGUGACUGCGCCCGCUGCACCAGGCGGAAUUUUUGGCCUCUCUGACUAUCAGAUGCUGGGACUUGACUCGUUAUACAGUUACAUCCGUCAAACAAAUGACCUCGAGUUCCUGCAAAGCACAUGGAGCGGUUGGCAGUUGCAAGCACAGUGGUUGAUCAAUCAAGUAAAUGCCACCGACGGGCUGAUUUACGUUCCCAGUGCUUUCUUGGGUGCUUCUAGUGCAGGUUCCGCCGUGUCCUGCUUGGCCGUACAAGCUCUGCGUGAAUUGGCAGAGUUGGCCGGAACUAUAGGCGAUGAGGAAGUUCAAUCCAAUUGUACAGCAACCGCUGAUGCUCUAUCCGAAGCCAUCAAUAGCCAACUGUGGAAUGACGAUAUCGGUGUCUAUAGUCUAUCGACAAGUCAGCCGAUAGAUUUCUCAGUCGCCGGAAUUGCCUUUUGCAUCACUUCCGGAGUUGCAAACUCUGAACGUACAUCUCGUUCCGUCGAGGCUCUUGAGCAACUCGCUCUUACACCGGGCUACAAGGAUUCGACCACGGCGAACUCGUCGGAUCCAACCGUGGUCAUCUCGCCCAAUACAAACGGCUUUCUCCUGGAUGCGCUCUACAAGGCUGGCGCCUGGGACACUGGCGCCUCCUUGAUGAGGUCUCUUUGGGGCGCCAUGAUCAGCAACCCAGAGACGUCAUCCGGCGCCAGCUGGGAGUACGUCGAUCAGAGCGGAAACCCGGGACUGAGUCUUUUCACGAGUCUCGCUCAUCCGUGGGGUGGCGCAGCGACGUAUGUCCUCACGGAAUGGGCGGCCGGCUUACAGCCAGCUGCCGGCAUCCAGGGCUUCGGCUACACACAUUGGGUUGUCUCUCCCGAUGCAGGCUUGGCCAUGGGUUUGAAGCAUGCAAAGGCUAGUGUAAAGACACCAUCAGGUGUGCUUUCCGUUGAGUGGGAAGUGUCCUCGGGCGGUGGUUUUAACGUCCAGAUAGGUGCGCCGCCAGCCACGAUUGGUGUCUUCAGACUGGGAAAUGAAACAAAACAUCUUUGUGGCAACAUUAAUUACCAAAUCAGCAGUCAUGUAUCAUGA